AUGUCUUUCUCAAGAUUAAAUGCACUUUUAUCUAAAGACGCCCCAGCAAUAAUCACCGUACCUACCAACAAGAACGUGAUAGAGAACGCUAGACCUGACAUAGACUGCAGCAGUAACAUCACACCCGGCAACCCCUCAACAACACGCUACAGGUGGACAGGUCCAGGAGAGUAUAGCAAGGAUGGGGCUGUACUAGACAGGCUUGUCAACAGGAACCAGGGAGGGAUGUACACCUGUACUGCCACCAACACUGCAGGACUGUCGGAUACGGCCCAGGCCAACAUCAAUGUGCAGUAUGCUCCAGUAAUAGCCGAUCUGCCUCCUAAUAACAACGUGAUAGAGAAUGCCAGUCCUGACAUAGACUGCAGCAGUAACAUCACACCCGGCAACCCCUCAACAACACGCUUCAGGUGGACAGGUCCAGGAGAGUACAGCAAGGAUGGGGCUGUACUAGACAGGCUUGUCAAAAGGAACCAGGGAGGGAUGUACACCUGUACUGCCACCAACAAUGCAGGACUGUCGGAUACGGCCAAGGUCAACAUCAAUGUACAGUGCACUGCUACUUGUCAGUCACAACCAGAUCGACUCGGACACGGGAUUGGAAUUGGAGUUGGAGUUUCGCUGCCUGUGGUACUUGUCUUAGUUGUUAUCAUUGUAUUGAUGUGGCGACGAAACCAUGAACUCAUUGAAAAGGUUAACACAGAUCAAACAGAAACCAUCGAAAUACAGUCACAAGGACACAGCACACCAAACCAAGAUGGAGCCUAUGCAAGCCUUGAUGAGCACGCCCCUCAGAAUAACGAAUAUGAGAAACUGGACAUGGCAAACAGCGAAAAAGAUAACGGAGACUGUUAA